AGCAGCAACUUUAGCUUGAAGCAGGAGGACAACAAUAGCAGCGACAACAACACAUCACCGGAAGUCAAGCGCCAAAGAACAAGUCACAGUUCGAGUCACAGCUCGAGUCACAGCUCGAGUCACAGUUCGAAUCACAGUCAUAGCCUCCUGCAUCACAGCCAUUUGGCAGCGACGCCGCCACAGCUGCAGCAACGUUUGAGCGGCGCCUCGAGCAGCAGCAGUAGCAGCAGCAGUGCCGUCACCAUGCCAUCGGAGGGACUGCAUCCGACGGCUGCACUGCAGCUCUAUGCUGCCGCCGCACAAUUGGCGCCCGGCGGCGUACGCGUACCACCCUGGGGACCAUUCCUGCAGUUUGGGGUGCCCGGCGUCUUUGGACCAAACGGACCGUUUUUGGGCCGCCCGCGUUUUGAGGCCGCCGCCGGCGGACAUCCCACCACAGCCGCUGCUGCAGCGGCUGCCACCCAAAUGGCAGCGGUUAAUGCCAGCAAUGCCUUUGCAAAUCUCACCGGGCUCAGUGCCGCAGCGUUGCGCAACGUAAGCGCCGCCCAAACGACAGCGGUUGCCGCCGUUGCCAGCACCGUGGCAACCAUACAACAUCGACUCAUGAUCGGUAAUAGGCAGAGCUUGCCGCCGGCGGGACCGCCCAGCGAGGGUUCCAACGAGGAUGGCGAAAUCAGCCUGAUCAACUUCAAAUCGCAGGUCCUUUACAACAUUUUUGGCUUUCCAGGCGAUGGCGAUGACGACAGCAGCGCCGCAAAACGUCGACGCUCGCGCACCAACUUCAACUCGUGGCAGCUGGAGGAACUGGAGCGCGCCUUCUCCGCCAGCCACUAUCCGGACAUCUUUAUGCGCGAGGCGCUCGCCAUGCGACUCGAUCUCAAGGAGUCGCGAGUUGCGGUAUGGUUCCAGAAUCGACGUGCCAAGGUGCGUAAGCGUGAGCACACCAAAAAGGGUCCAGGACGACCCGCCCACAAUGCACAGCCGCAGACAUGCAGCGGCGAACCAAUUCCUCCCAACGAGCUUAAGGCCAAGGAGCGCGCGCGACGGCGCAAGAAGCUGGCCAAGGCGAUCGAUAGGCAGGCGCGCAAGCUGCAGGCCAAGGGCAUAACGGUGGAUUUGGAGGCGCUUAAGGCCGAAUACAUAUCACAGCAUAAGGCGAAUGGAACGUUCUCCGAUUCCGAUCUGGAGGAUGAUGGCAUACAGAUCGAUGUGGUUGGCGGCACCGAUAGCGACGAUGAACUGGACAGCGAUGCCGUCAGUCCACCUAGAUUGGGCGCCGGCCAUCAUGGUCUGCUCCACUGUGGCGGCCUCGAUGCCGAUGGGGAUAGUUCGCGUGCCGGCAGCUAUAUUGGUGGCGGCGGCAGUUUGGGCAGUCCCAGUUCCGCAGCACCACCAACGCUGCACAACAGCAGUAAUGGAGCAGGUGGCGUUGGAGGUGGUGGUGCUGGUGCUGCUGGUGGUGGUGGUUGUGGAGGUGGUGGUGGUGGUUACAUGCACUCGGAGACGUCGGAGGCUGGCGAGCCAGAGGAGCGGGAUUCGUUGUCGGCUCAGGAAUCGGCAUCACCCAAAUCGCUGCUGUUCCCCGCCAAGGCGUUCCAUCAACUUAACCUGCAAAACACACAGCACCACAGCGCAGCGGCGGCGGCGGCAGCAACGGCAACGGCGGCAGCAGUUGCGGCAGCGGCCAAUCUCGUCCACCAGACCUCGCCCAUCAGUAUGCGACGGAGCAAUCCGUUCAGCAUUGAAUCGCUGCUCUUUAACAACACGUGAGGCACUCCCGCAACUAGACUGGGUUUGGUUAUGGAACUGGAACUGGGACUGGGACUGGGACUGGGAC